UUAAUCCACAGCAGUGAGAGGGAGGGAGAGCCAUGGGCUGGAUAUUGCUUCUGUGGUGCAGCAGCGCCGUAUAUCAUAUCUGAGCAAACAUUGUCAACUCUGCGUACGCCAAGAGCUUGCAAUCGCAUUGCCCUAGCUAGCCUGCAUUCAUCCCUUUCCUGUGGACUGCGCCUCCAUUACUGGAUUUUCUCUUUCUCCCUCCCAGGCUCCUCCUCCCUCCCCCUCCCUCUCCAGACUCCGGCUCUCUGCCCCUCACUCCGUGUCAGUUUCCUGCGGGCUCUGCUCGCUGCUGUCCCGCUCUCUCCAUGCCUGUGUCGGCGAAUCUCUCCCCGGCUCUGCUCGUGGGCUGCAACCGGCAGCGGAGGGAAGGGAGAGCCGGGGAGAGGGGCUAGGACUCUCAUCCCGUCCUGCUGCUCACACCGUGGGGGCGCGUUCUAUUUUUUUUCCACCAUGUACCUGCUUGACCCCGCUCCGCCUCCAAUGGAACGAGGAACCCCCCAGAGAAAGACCGUAUACCGCAUCUCCCUGACCCUGGUGAAGAAGGAGCUGCUGGCGGAGGGUCGGCUGGAGAGGUGUCCAGAGGAGGAGGGAGAGGAGCUGGAUAGCUUCUCCAUACAGACUGGCCUCAGGAAUUUCAGGAGCCGCAGUACCGGGCAGCUGGAACUGGGCAGGCUGAGAGUGAGCAAGUCUGGGGGGAAGCUGGGCAAGAUUGGGGCUUCACCUGUGGACCAGUCACCUGGAUGUGGAGAGCCCUGGGACAGCUGUGCUAAGGACAGAGUCUCCCCUGUGGUGGAGAUACCAGGAAGCUGCCAUACAAUUGAAAGGGCUCCCAGGGCCAACCAUGGUCUUAAGAGCCCUCAAGUGGUCCCUAAGGAAGAGUCCUGCCCAAAGCCCUUGGAUUACAAUACCACAAAGUCCCCUGAUAGGGGCAUCUCUUCCUCAACACCUUUAAAACCAGUCAUAUCAGAGGACUGGGCUAAAGCUGGGCCUGAGGGGCUUUCUGAGAAGAGACACCCCAGUCUCCUGAGGAGAAGCUUCAGCUUUCGCCAUUGGAAUGGAGAGCUGAGGAUUAGGAGCCUGACCAGAGACAAGCACCAUAGCAGCUCCAGCUGUCUCACUCACCAUCGGCCAGAAGUCAGGGAGCAAAUGCACAUGUCUGCCACUGAUCCCAACACAUUGGAAAAGAGGAAUACCCUGGAUGUGGGGGAAGUGUUGAACAAAAGUGACCCCCUCACAGACCUUGAGAGAUGGGAAAGGAGCAAGAGCAAGAACAGGACCCUGGAUAACAGUGACCUCCACAAGCUAUCUGAGCAGCUGGAGUUGGACAGGAAAGGCCAGGAGAGGAAACUGCUCAGGUUCUUCAGUGGAAUCUUCUCCAGGAAGGACGGCUCUCCAGCUUCAUUUGCUUACCCCGGGGGCCACUCACCCAGGACUGCUCAUUCCAGAUCUAGAGGAUACUUUAGCAGCUUAAAAAGAACCGCAACAGAUAACAUUCAGUCCAGCACAGAGAGUGUUAAUGGAUCUCCCUUUAAAGAUGCCUUUGUAAAUAGUCAGGAAUGGACGCUAAGCCGAUCUGUGCCAGAACUCAAAGUGGGCAUUGUGGGGAACCUGGCCAGUGGAAAAUCAGCUCUAGUGCAUAGGUACCUAACUGGUACUUAUGUGCAAGAGGAGUCCCCUGAAGAUAUGGAUGCAGGUGGGAGGUUCAAGAAGGAAAUUGUAGUAGAUGGACAGAGCUAUCUUCUUCUGAUCAGGGAUGAAGGGGGACCCCCCGAAGCACAAUUUGCCAUGUGGGUGGAUGCAAUCAUCUUUGUCUUCAGCCUGGAAGAUGAGAUCAGCUUUCAGACAGUUUAUCACUACUACAGCCGCCUUGCCAACUACCGCAACACCAGUGAGAUCCCUAUGGUGCUGGUGGGCACUCAAGAUGCCAUCAGCUGCAGUAACCCCCGUGUAAUUGAUGACAGCCGGGCGAGAAAGCUUUCCAGUGACCUCAAGCGAUGCACUUAUUAUGAGACCUGUGCCACCUAUGGGCUAAAUGUGGAGCGGGUUUUCCAGGACGUGGCCCAGAAAAUUGUAGCCACCCGUAAGAAGCAACAGCUCUCCAUCGGACCCUGCAAGUCCCUGCCAAACUCCCCAAGCCACACGUCUGUCUGUUCCACACAGGUUUCGGCUGUUCACAUUAGUCAGACCAGUAAUGGUGGGGGCAGCCUAAGUGACUAUUCCUCAUCUGUCCCCUCUACACCGAGUACUAGUCAGAAGGAACUGAGGAUCGAUGUGCCCCCAGCAGCCAGCACACCUACUCCUGUGCGCAAGCAAUCAAAACGGCGUUCCAACCUCUUCACGUCUCGCAAAGGGAGCGACCCAGACAAAGAUAAGAAAGGUCUAGAGAGCAGAGCAGACAGCAUCGGCAGCGGGCGAGCAAUACCAAUUAAACAGGGCAUGCUACUGAAAAGAAGUGGAAAGUCUCUUAACAAAGAGUGGAAGAAGAAAUAUGUAACCUUGUCUGAUAAUGGAGUUCUGACAUAUCAUCCCAGCUUACAUGAUUACAUGCAGAAUGUCCAUGGUAAAGAGAUCGACCUCCUUAGAACUACUGUGAAGGUCCCAGGGAAGAGGCCUCCUCGAGCUACAUCCUCUUGUGCACCAGUUGCCAGCCCUAAAACCAAUGGUCUGACCAAAGAGGUCAGCGGGCUUCAGAUCUCCCCUAACACAGGGAACGUGACAAGCAGUACAUCAGUAACUCAAAUGGCAAGUGGUCCAAGUGGCAUCAGUCUAGGCUCAUUCAGCCGCAUGGAUGGGAUGCAUCAGAGGUCAUACUCUGUGUCUAGUGCCGACCAGUGGAGCGAGGGAGCAGUCAUCACCAACUCAGCCAUCAGCAGCGAUACUGGCCUAGGAGACUCUGUGUGUUCCAGUCCUAGCAUCUCCAGCACCACAAGCCCCAAGCUAGAUCCACCACCCUCGCCACAUGCAAACCGCAAGAAGCACCGCCGGAAGAAAAGCACCAGUAACUUUAAGACUGACGGGCUAUCUAGUACUGCUGAAGCUAAACGUAAAGCAUGGAAACUAAACCGUGUUGGCAGCCUGCGAAAUGUUUACAGCAGCAACGCCAACGCUGAAGAACAAGAGGAGAACUUUGAAUUUAUUAUCGUAUCUCUCACUAGUCAGAGCUGGCACUUUGAAGCUACAAGCUAUGAAGAGAGAGAUGCAUGGGUACAGGCCAUCGAGAGUCAGAUCUUGGCCAGUCUACAGUCCUGUGAAAGCAGUAAGAACAAGUCCCGUCUCACCAGCCAGAAUGAAGCUUUGGCGCUGCAAUCAAUCCGCAACCUGCCAGGAAACUCACACUGUGUGGACUGUGAUGCACAAAACCCAGACUGGGCCAGUCUGAACCUGGGUGCUCUUAUGUGCAUUGAAUGUUCUGGGAUCCACCGUAACCUUGGUACUCACCUUUCCCGUGUCCGUUCCCUGGACUUGGACGACUGGCCUCCAGAACUUAUUAAAGUGAUGUCAGCCAUCGGAAAUGAGCUGGCCAACAGUGUGUGGGAAGGGAGCAGCCAAGGGCAUGUAAAGCCAUGCUCAGAAAGCCCAAGAGAAGAGAAGGAACGAUGGAUCCGUGCAAAGUACGAGCAAAAGCUUUUUUUGUCACCGCUACCCUGUCGGGAUUUACCUCUGGGACAGCAGCUUCUGAGGGCCACAGCAGAGGAGGAUUUGAGAGCUGUAAUUUUGCUUCUUGCCCAUGGUUCCAGGGAGGAGGUUAAUGAGACCUGCGGGGAUGGUGACAGACGCACAGCUCUGCACCUGGCUUGUCGCAAGGGAAAUGUGGUACUUGUACAACUGCUCAUAUGGUACGGUGUCGAUGUGAUGGCCAGGGAUUUCCAUGGAAACACAGCCCUGGCAUAUGCCAAACAAGCAGUAUCGUCUGAGGUGCGGGAGUUACUUUUGCAAUAUGGUUGCCCCGACGAACAAUUUGUGCUCAUGGCCACGCCAAACCUGUCUCGGAAAAACAACCGCAACAACAACAGCAAUGCAGGGGGCAGUGGCCUGAUGCCCACCUUAAUCUGACAUGCCCCUUGUGGGGCAAACAGACUCCAGCACCGCUCGUCCCUCACAGCGCAGGGGGAGGAGUCAGGAUGAGAAAUGGGUGGAGCUAAGGCAAAAAGCACCAAGUGCAGGAUAGCCCAUGUCGUCUCAACUAUUUGGGAAAAAAAGAGGGAAAGGAGGGGGAGGAUGAUAGACAGAGAGCUGUCAGUUACCUGCACAUUUCACCUCUACCCCAGCAGAACACUUAGGCUCUGCUCUCGUCUGACAAGGACUGCUCCGCAUAAAUCACAUGCAGGCACUGAGUUUGUCAGGUUUGAGGCUCCAAUGAUGCUAUGUGUCAAAUCACUUGGAGCUAAUCUGUCCUCAGAGAAUGCUGGCUUCAUUACACUUGUAUAGUUGAGUUCCCUCAGCCUGUACUGCUGUUUAAUAGGACAUGAUUACUCAUCAUGUAGAAGGGAGCAUAUUAGCUGAGGAGGAAGCUCUCUCCACGCUCCGCUGAUUACAGGGAUGUGAUUGCAAUAUUCUUACAAGAAUCAUAUUAGCAGAGACAUUCUGUGUCCCAUCUUCAGACUUCUUGUUCUAAUCCCACAGCGUUGCAAAGUGCCAGUUUCACUAAAACCACCCCAAAAAGAAAGAAAAAAAAAAGAGAGAGAUUUAUUUUAUAAGUGAAUUUUAGAGGGGGUAGAAGAAAUUAAUUGUAUUCCUUAUCUGGCAAAAUUCUGCAUUGUGAUAUAUGGUUUUAUCUAUACUUUUAAAGGCCAGACGAGGAGGUUAAGAAAAGUACAUUUUCUGUCAUACGGCUUGUGUAACAUAUCCUACACAUCAUCUGGAGUACAGCAGGCAAAGCUUUUUGCUACAAUGCUGUUGGGAGUACAGAGGAAGUGGUUACAUGGUUGAGUGCUUUUAAUUAUGUUUUCCCUUUCCUGCUAUACAAAUAUGUAGGGCUAAUUAGGAGCCUAUACGGGGCAAUGGCAGCAUAUGUAGAAAGGGUUGAUUGGCAUGUAGAGAGAAAUCCAUAUUGGUGUGCAGUGCAGCAGAUUGUAAUGCUGCCCAUAUUUAGGUAGAGUGGCUAUUCAGUUUAAACACUACUGGAAUUGAAUCCACAAUCCACAAAUCAGUACACAAUAAUGAGCAGAACUGUCUGUCAGAACUGAAUAUGCUGCCUCUGGUAAAUGUACAGUAUAUACAUGCAUUGCGUAUGAAUUUAUUGGUAUAUGUCUGACUCACAGAGCAGUUUACAUUUAGACUAAAAUGACAGGGUCAUCUUUGUAAUACACCACUGUUGUUUGCCUUGGGCUCUUAGUAUCGGAGGAGCCCCUAAGAGGAAAAAAAAUAUAGGCAAUAGUGCAAAGGACAUAUAUUAUGUAUAACAAUUGUUAGGUAUCUGGACAUUCCCAUGCUGGACAGGCUUAGAUUGGGCAUUCUUGGUUUAAGCAGUUUCUUCUGCCUCAGUUUGGGCCCUGAAUCGCCCCUUCUAUCCAAACUCUUGUCCUGUAUGUACAGUAUAUUGGAGUGCUAUUGGUGUGUAUAUUAUAAUACAAAGCAUGAAUAUUAGCAUAGAGUAAUGUCGUUUAUAAAGUAUUGUAUAUUCAUGGCUGGGGCAUUAUAUCACAAGGUUCCUCUAUUCCGCACCAUACAGGAAAAAUGAAAAAAACCUUAUUGCAGAUAGGGCUUUCUUAGAUAAAAAUACAGCAUUAUAUCAGUCAAGAACAUAUUCAUGUACAAUGCCAAGUAUAUUUCAAUACAUAGCACUGUACCAUGUAAAAAGGGCAUCAUGUGUCAAAAAAGUAUAUACUGCCAUAUGGAGACAAAUGAUCUAAUUAUAGCUUGUUUAAUAUUUUUCUCCUUGUGAGUUGCAUUGCUGCUAUAGGAAGUAGAUGUGAGUUAUGAGAUAUAUGCAGAAUUAGGAGAGUAAGCCUGUUGUGCUUAGCUUUCUAAUUCUUGGGUCCAGGGCCAGGAUAUAUUGGUGCUGCAGCUCUGUGGGUGGGUUAUCAUUUUUUUGCACUUUGUGUACUAUCAUUUGUCAACCUUAUAUUUUUUUGGAGACCAUCAGCCAAUAAUUGAGAAAUCUAUACUUCACGAAAUUGAUUCCUCUAGAUAGUUGCAAUUAUCCAUAUAACUAGGGAUUUCCAUAUAGGUUUCUCCCAAAAAAGGCAUUCUUCCAUACACGGCAUAAGUUUCCAGUUGUCAGGAAAGCAUAAAAGCCCAUUUGGAGACUUCUUUACUGGAAUUUUGGGUUAAAAUUGAAAAGCACUCACCCAUGUAACAACUUCAGGCUUAUUAUGUAUAUAAAAACGUGUAUCUUAACUCUCUCGCUGUCUCCAAAAACUGAAUGUGUAUGACAUUUGCUCUUGUCGUGGUUUUUAUCUAUAUGUCACAAUGCAGUUUGGGUCCAGCUUCAAUGAAUUCAUGUUUCUUCUCCUGAACAGAUGCUUGGCUACAGGUGAGUGAAGCUGAGAGAUCAUCUGCUUUCAGUUUAUCCACAUGAUAGCAACUGACCGAUUCCCCUGGCUGGCUAACGCUCAGCACUCCUUAUCUGCAGAGUUGAGUAGAGUGAAUUCCUCUGCAUAGGAAUAGAUUUAAACCUUUGUUAUGCACACUAACCUUGUGAGAUUGUUGUUUGUGAGUGAAGUUUUUUCCUUGUCUAGAAGAGCAGAAGAGAAAAUGGGACUUUAACUUCCUGUUAAAUUGAAAUAUUUGGUGGGGCCUUUGGACAGCAAUAGAGGCAGAUAAAUUAAUUGUUCAUUCCAUAGAUCAUGUGACCACUUUAUUCUCGUAAAGCCCUGGAGCAGUGUGACAGAGCAAAUAGUAGGGCUGCGUUCAAAUCAUUCAUCGCUCCAUCUACAACACUGGGAGAUGUGCAGGGAAAAUGCUGUGUGAAAGGGCCAUAGGAAGAGCAUGGGAGGACAUUUGUAUGGCUGGUUACUUAACUUUGAAAGGGACUUAUUAUAAUCUAAUUUUAUUUCAUAAAUUCUCCUGCUCCACUUUGCACAACUACAAGAAAGCACUUCUGGGCAUAGAGGAACCAUUGUUAGAGAACAGACAUCAGCAGGUCUUGAUGUCUCAAAAAGAAGAGAAGAAGCCACCUAGAUAUGUGGCUCUAACAUUACUAGCAUGAGACUGUAUAGUGCAAGCCAUGCUUAUAGAGUAUCUGUAAUAGACCUGAGAAUGUAAUCUCCAACAAAGAAGUGGUCCACCUGCCACAGAAAUUCCAACAUUUCAGCAACCUGAAAGCUCUCGGCCUUGCAUCAGCUCCACGUUUUUGUAUCUCCCUUCCUAAAAGUGAUACUUGACUCUCAGGCAGCACAAAUUGACACAGGGAACAGCAAGACAACACUACAAUGCUCAGAGAUUUGGAGCAGCUAUUUAGGAACAAAAAGAAUGGAAAAACAGUUUUUCCAAAAUCUCAAAUUGCUUUUCCAUGCCUCUAACCAGACUGCAACAACCUUGACAACUCAACUUCCCACACCUAAUACUGCAUGGAGAAUAAGCCACUUAUUGCUGUACAGUCUGGCUGUUCCAGUCUUGUUCUAAAGCAUCAGCACUGCAGCAAAAGGGAAAUUGUAUUCUGGUUUAGGAAGAGUAUGUGAUGUAUGAAAUGCGUUGCUAGCACCUCUAAUAGAGUAAUGGGGACUUUGUGAACUCAAACUUUAGAACAGGCCUCUCCAGUUCAAGCAACUGCUAUGAACUCCAUCUAUCAGUGUACUCCUCUGCAGUUCAAGGGGUUGAGAGUUGUAGUUCAGAGCAGCUGGAGUUCCCUACUUUAGAACAACCAUCCCACGUGCACACAGGGGGCACCUUUUAUUUAAUUUUCUAUUUCUUAUGACCAGUUGUGGAGCCAGUCUCUGGCCCGUGCCGAUGAGUAGAGUGUAUCUUAAUUUCGAUCACUGCUCGGCUUCACCUUUACGACUAGGUGAAAUGAGCCGAGCUCUUGUUUUUAUUUUUUAUUUUUCGGUGUCUCUUGAUUAUGUUGUCUAAGUUAUACAGAAUUUUUUUGUAUCGUGUCUUAUUAGAGGAUGCAAAAUGUAUGUAAAAUAAAAACCAAGAAAAAAAACUA